AUGUCUGGCAAAGUCAGCGGAAAAUCCAAGUCGGGCAAGGCAGCUGGCGGCGGCGGCGAUGGCAAGGCGCAAUCGCGUUCCUCCAAAGCCGGUCUUCAGUUCCCUGUUGGUCGUAUCCACCGUCUCCUCAAGAAGGGCAACUACGCCCAGCGUGUUGGUGCAGGAGCCCCUGUCUACCUCGCUGCGGUCCUCGAAUACCUAGCCGCUGAGAUCCUCGAGCUCGCUGGCAAUGCUGCUCGCGACAACAAGAAGCAUCGUAUUGUCCCUCGCCACCUUCAAUUAGCUAUUCGCAACGACGAGGAGGCGGUGUCGUCCCUCACAUUGAUGCCGCGCUUCUUCCUGAUGCAUCCAAGAAGAAGGGCAAGGGCGCCCAGGAGUAGUCAUUUAUGCUUUUUUUAUUUCCACUCAAAACACGACCGUUAG